UCCAUGCUAGGAGUGCGGGCUGGGGUCUCUCCGUGGCCGGCUCCGGGCUGCUCUAGUUAACAGCAGUGGGCAGUCUCUGGCCGCCCAGCGGUGCAUUAUGGCGGCUGCUGUGGAUGUAACCGGGAGCACCAGCUGCAGCGGGAGCAGCGAUACCUCCAGCACCGGGGAGGAGGAGAGGAUGAGGCGCCUCUUCCAGACCUGCGAUGGGGACGGGGACGGCUAUAUCAGCAGGAAUGAUUUAUUGAUGGUUUGUCGCCAGCUUAACAUGGAAGAGUCUGUGGCUGAAAUAAUGCAUCAGCUUGGAGCUGAUGAGACUGGGAAGAUCUCAUUUCAAGAAUUUACCAGGUGUCGUAUGCAGCUUGUGCGUGAAAUUCGAAAAGAAGAGGUGGAUCUGUCUGAUGACUCUGGCAAAAACAAGAAGCUUGCAGACAGAAUGCCAUCUUGGCCUAUUGGAAGUGAAAACAGCCUAGGUGCCUUAUCUGGAGCUCGAGAAAGCUGGGAAUAUGACUCUGGAGCUCGAGACUUGCAUAGUCCUGACCCACAGAGCCAUUCAAUCAUGCAGAAGUUUUUAGAGUUUGGAGGGAAAGCUACAGCUCAAGCAGCACUGCAAAGACUUCUUUCUCAAACCUCUUACGUUUCUAACAAUGUUGGGGGAAGCUACUUAGAACUCGCCAACACCCUCCAUUUAGCAGCCCUGGCUUCUUUAAAAGGUGACAUAGUGGAGGUAAACAAACGCCUACAGCAAACGGAGCGGGAGCGGGACAGUCUUGAGAAGAAGCUCGCCAAGUCGCAGUGUGAACAGUCUCAUCUGAUGAGGGAACAUGAAGAUGUUCAAGAAAGGACAACGUUACGCUAUGAGGAGAGAAUCACUGAACUACACAGCAUUAUAGCGGAAUUAAACAAAAAGAUUGAUCGACUUCAGGGGACCACUAUAAGGGAGGAAGAUGAAUAUUCGGAGCUGCGCUCAGAGCACAGUCACAGCCAGCUAGAGACCAAUGACGACUCUCGCAGUGUGGACCAAGACCAGACUUCUGUUUCCGUACAAGAGAAUCAGUCCACUAUGGUCACUGCUGAUAUGGACACCUGCAGCGAUCUGAACUCCGAGCUGCAGAGAGUGCUCACCGGCCUUGAGAAUGUUGUCUGCGGGAGAAAGAAAAGCAGCUGUAAUUUGUCCGUAGCUGAUGUGGAUAGACACAUCGAACAGCUCACUACUGCCAGUGAGCACUGUGAUCUUGCUAUUAAGACAGUAGAAGAAAUUGAAGGUGUCUUGGGGCGUGAGCUGUACCCAAACCUCGCAGAGGAGAGGUCGCGUUGGGAAAAGGAGCUUGCUGGACUGAGGGAAGAGAACGAAAGCCUCACUGCCAUGCUUUGCAGCAAAGAGGAAGAUCUCAACCGGACCAAGUCCACCAUGAAUGCAAUACGGGAAGAGAGGGACAGACUGAGGCGAAGGGUGCGUGAAUUGCAAACCCGUCUGCAAAGUGUGCAAGCAACUGGUCCUUCCAGCCCUGGUCGACUAACAUCUGCCAGCCGACCAGUCAAUCCCAGCACUGGUGAGCUAAGUACCAGCAGCAGCAGCAAUGAUAUCCCCAUCGCUAAGAUUGCAGAACGGGUAAAGCUAUCAAAGACUAGGUCAGAGUCAUCUUCAUCAGAGAGACCUGUGCUUGGAUCCGAGAUAAGCAGCAUCGGGGUGUCCAGCAGCGUAGCGGAGCACUUAGCCCACUCGUUACAAGACUGCUCCAACAUUCAGGAGAUCUUCCAGACACUUUACUCGCAUGGUUCGGCCAUCUCAGAGAGCAAGAUCCGAGAGUUUGAGGUGGAGACCGAAAGAUUAAAUAGUCGAAUUGAGCACUUAAAAUCCCAGAAUGAUUUGUUGACGAUAACGCUGGAGGAGUGUAAGAGCAAUGCGGAGAGGAUGAGUCUACUGGUGGGAAAAUACGAGUCCAAUGCUACUGCCCUGAGACUGGCCCUUCAGUACAGUGAGCAAUGUAUAGAAGCAUAUGAAUUGCUGCUGGCUCUGGCGGAAAGCGAACAGUCUCUCAUUCUUGGCCAAUUCCGAGCUGCGGGGGUCGGAUCAGUAGCGGAGCAGUCGGGCGAUGAGAACAUCACCCAGAUGUUAAAGCGAGCCCAUGACUGCAGGAAGACAGCAGAGAAUGCAGCCAAGGCCCUGCUGAUGAAGCUCGAGGGCAGCUGUGGAGGAGCGUUUGCUGUGACCGGAUGUAGUGUCCAGCCCUGGGAGAGUCUAUCAUCAAACAGUCACACCAGUACCACAAGUUCAACUGCCAGCAGCUGUGACACCGAGUUUACAAAAGAAGAUGAGCAGAGGUUGAAGGAUUACAUUCAGCAGUUGAAGAAUGAUCGGGCAGCCGUCAAACUGACCAUGCUGGAACUUGAAAGUAUUCAUAUUGACCCUCUGAGCUAUGAUGUCAAACCACGAGGUGACAACCAAAGACUAGAUCUGGAGAAUGCCGUCCUGAUGCAAGAACUGAUGGCAAUGAAGGAGGAGAUGGCGGAACUGAAGGCACAGUUAUACCUGCUAGAGAAGGAGAAGAAAGCACUGGAGCUGAAGCUGAGUACACGAGAUGCUCAGGAACAGGCGUAUCUUGUACACAUUGAACAUCUCAAAUCUGAAGUGGAGGAGCAAAAGGAGCAGAGGAUGAGAUCCCUUAGCUCCACCAGCAGCAGUGGCAAGGACAAACUGGGAAAGGAAUCCACAGAGGGAUCAGCAUUGUCUCUGUCAGACCUACGAACAUAUAAUGACGGUGAACUUGCCACAGAACUCACUAGUGCACUCAGAAGGGAGAAAAAGCUGAAAUCAAGAGCUCAGGAGCUGGUGAGUGCUUUAGAAAGACUGACAAGGAGCAGCGAAGUUCGACACCAGCAAUCUGCCGAGUUUGUUAAUGAUCUGAAACGAGCCAACAGUAACCUUGUUGCUGCUUAUGAGAAAGCAAAGAAGAAACAUCAAAACAAGCUGAAGAAGCUGGAGUCCCAGAUGAUGGCGAUGGUGGAGCGGCAUGAGACACAAGUGCGGAUGUUGAAGCAAAGAAUAGCUUUACUAGAGGAGGAGAAUUCAAGACCUCAUACCAAUGAGACAUCACUGUGAACCCAACUCAAGCCUGUGCCAUUGUAAGCCAUCAUAAGGAGCCAAACCUGGGCUAUGGAUAUGUCCACUACACAGACCAGUGUUUCCUUGUCCCCACCGAAAGCAUUGUACUUUGGCAGUCAGAUCUUUCCUAGGGCUGGCUGUACAUAUGUUUCUCUAUACAGAUCACAUUGUGGGAGGAACGUGUAUGACUAAUUGGGAUGCUCCAAACAGAGCUCUAGCCUUCAAAUUCAAAAUCCUAUUGAGGCAGUACCGACUUAUCCUCUGUGUUCUAUUUGUAAACACGGUGUGUGCCAAAUAUGGAAUUCAGUGCACGACAGGAUAAUGCGAGGAUGUAUGAGCGGUGCAGGGGUGUUGAAUCUAACACAAAUAACGUUGCUGCAGAGCGAAGAUGCACCUUCAUUUUGUUUCACUUUAAUAAAUCUAGGAUAUUCAUAAAAGCUUUUAAGGACACUGCAAGGUGCAGUUCCAUGAUCAGUACCAGCAAAACAAACACAAACUGACAUAUUUAAUCUCCAGCAAACAUAUACCAAUACAUCACAAUGCCUUUUCUGCUCUGCCAGAGGGGUGUUCAGUACAACCAUAUCCUUCGGUUCUUAUCAGACAGAAUGUUUGUGUUUCUUUAUAUACACUGUGAGUAGAAAUGAUAUGAUUUCCUUUUUUA